UCACCGAGCCGUGGUGGCCGGGAGAGGCAGGGAUCGCAGCACGCCGGGGCUGGGAUGCGCUCGGCCCCGUGCCCAUCGCCGCCCACAUCGCGGCUCCGGCAGCCGGCGAGUGCCAGGCCUGGCUCGGUUUUGAAUGAGUGUCAGUCCUCUCACACCCCCCAGGACCGAGCUGCCUGCUGCUGCUGCCCCGCAAGAUCACACCGGGACGAGGGCCUGAGAUUUAGCUGCUCUCGCCCGCUGUGACGAUGGACAGCGAGGUGCAGAGGGAUGGCAGGAUCCUGGAUCUGAUCGAUGAUGCAUGGAGGGAAGAUAAAUUGCCCUACGAGGACGUGGCCAUCCCUCUGAAUGAGCUCCCUGAACCAGAGCAAGACAACGGUGGCACCACUGAGUCUGUGAAAGAGCAAGAAAUGAAGUGGACAGAUUUGGCUCUCCAGUAUCUCCAUGAAAACGUUCCACCCACGGGAAAUUAGUGAAUCGGUGGAAUUUCACACAGUGGAUGCAUGAAUGCAAAAUAAAUUUUUUUUUUUGACUGACCAUUGCUGUCAUAAGCUGCCCUAAGGAGGAAACAACUUCCUGGAAACUUUCAGAUUCCAGCAGUGGUUCUGCUCACAAUGAAGAGUUUAAAAUGCUUCUUUCUUGAAUGUGAAAUAGCAAAGGCUCUGACUUCUCAGAGCCAAGUGCAAAAUGUUUCAUGCUUAUAAGAUUAUUUCAUGUUUUCUGUUAAAUUGUUCUUAAGUUGGUGCCAAUUCUGAUCUUAAAUGUUUUCUACACAUGAUUAAAAAGUUUUUACUGUCUCAAAUUGCAA